AGCAGGAAGUUGCAUCACAGCAAUGCUAACACGCUUACACAGUUAAUGGACAUUUGGAGUGGUAGUCAAAGUCCAGGCCUAUUCGGGUACAAGCUUGAAGAAACAUAUGAUUUUGUGUCAUGGAUGUCACCAUACCUAAAUGGCAUAGAGGGUCAUUCCAAACCACAUGCAUACAAAAUUUGCAGAAACGAAAUUGGAGAGGUUGUAUUGUUAUGGAAGGCAUGGCCAACAGAUGCUGAAUGGAAUUACUGUGCAGGAAGUGGCGGGAUAGGAAUUUUGACUGAGAACCCAAAGGGACUUCCGACGAAUGCCGAAACAAACAAAAUAACAACAGAUAGACUUAAAGCAGAUUUGUCGAAGAACGAAAGGUUUUUAAAAAAGAUGAACUAAGUUGGUGGUCAAACUUCUUUGAUGAGAUUGAAAAAGGUAUUUAAAACG